UUGCUAACUUCCAAUUUCAGCGCAGGAUCGCGACUCGCCCGCCCAGGUCGGCUUCUGCAGACCGGGAAACUAACACAGCACAUACACGUUCGGAUGAACAGCUCAUCGUCAGAGAAAGCCAUACAGGAUCGAUAUCAACAAUUGAAAUAUAUCUGUGGAGAUCCAUACCCUCGUCUUAAAGUGAAACCAAACACAAUGACCUUGUCCGAGUUCACCUCGCGAUACGGCGAACUUGCCAACAAGGAUACAGUAGAAACUACGGUCUCCGUCUCUGGUAGGGUCCAUACCUCUAGAAUCGCCGGAAGCAAGCUGGUCUUCUUCGAUAUUGGCCAAGACGACCAUAAAGUCCAGGUGAUGUGCAACGUCCAAAGUGUCGCCUCGGCCGAAUUCAAAAGAUUCUUCCGUCUGCUACGUCGGGGUGACUCUUUCUCUGUAACCGGUAAACCGCACCGCACUGCGCGAGGUCAACUCACUAUCGAUGCUACUGAGCUGCCGACGCUGCUGUCGACUUGUUUCCAUGAUAUCCCUGUUCACGACACCAAGCAUGAGGUCUCGCCUUUCCCUCGCCAUGUUCAGUUCUUGGCCGAUCCCUCUACGAUGGAUAUCAUCAAGGCUCGCUCGGCUCUCACCCAGUAUCUGCGUUCGUUUUUCGUGGAACGUUCCUUUAUGGAGGUCAACACCCCCAUUGUUGAGGGCGUGGCUGGUGGUGCCGUUGCUCGCCCGUUCUAUACAACCGCCACGGAGUUCUCGGACCGACAGCUGUCGUUGAGGAUUGCACCAGAGCUAUGGCUGAAGCGCAUGGUUGUUGGUGGGUUUGACAAGGUGUUUGAGAUUGGACCAUCUUUCCGAAAUGAAGGCUUGGACAAGACACACAACCCAGAGUUUACGACCUGCGAAUUCUACCACGCCUAUGCCAACCUCGACCACCUAAUAGCCAUGACUGAAGAGCUUCUCUCGGGAGCAGCAGCCCUAGUACAAAAGCUGAAUGCACGAGGCACACUCAACCCGACUACAGCCAACUUCACCGCACCAUUCCGUCGUAUCGACUUCAUCACCGGCAUCGAAGAAGCCAUCAAUCGCAAACUCCCCGAUCUCGAAGACCCCGAAGCCCUCGAACAACUCCGCACCAUCUUCACCGACCUCUCCCUCUCUCUUCCCAAUAACCCAUCCCUCCCCCGCCUCCUCGACGAGCUCUGCAGCCAAUACGUCGAGCCCCAAUGUAUCGAUCCGACCUUUAUCAUCAACCCUCCUGAAUGCCUCUCUCCACUUUCCAAAUCCUUUAUUCACCCCGUCACCAACCAGCGUGUUGCUGCACGAGGCGAGCUCUUCGUCGAGGGCAAGGAACUAAUCAACACCUACGAAGAGGAGAACUCGCCGUUCGAACAGCGCCGCAAAUUUGAGGAUCAGAUGCGGUUCAGCAAGGAAGCUAACGAACCUGGCGAGAUCGAUGAGAGUUAUCUUGAAGCCCUGGAAUGGGGUCUGCCUCCUACUGGCGGAUGGGGAUGUGGCAUCGACCGUCUUGUUAUGUUGUUCACAGGUGCCAAGCGCAUCGGCGAUGUCCUUCCUUUUGGGAAUCUCCGAGCUGUGACUAGACGGGCUGGACAGGUCGAGUAA